AACAUGCAAGCCCUUAGCUUCAGCCUCUGGAAUCGCUCCUCUCUCCACCCCUUUCCAAGACCGCAGAGUAGGAAGGAGGAUUAACCCCAGGGGGAGGAGUUCCGCCCCUCGGCCCCCGCCCCGCCGCUGUCUGCUCUCCCUUGAGCCCACACUUGCGCUCCCUGUCUUUCUCCUGCGCCGAGCCCAGGCUGCGCUAUCCUCCCCGCCAGGCACCGCAAGGCGGGCAGGCAGCCAGGAUGCAGGCCCCGCACAAGGAGCACCUGUACAAGUUGCUGGUGAUCGGAGACCUGGGCGUGGGCAAGACCAGCAUCAUCAAGCGCUACGUACACCAAAACUUCUCUUCGCACUACCGGGCCACCAUUGGCGUGGACUUCGCGCUCAAGGUGCUGCACUGGGACCCGGAUACAGUGGUGCGUCUGCAGCUCUGGGACAUCGCAGGUCAAGAAAGAUUUGGAAACAUGACCAGGGUCUACUACCGAGAAGCUAUGGGUGCAUUUAUUGUUUUUGAUGUUACCAGACCAGCCACAUUUGAAGCAGUGGCAAAGUGGAAAAAUGAUUUGGACUCAAAGUUAACUCUCCCUAAUGGAAAACCAGUUUCAGUGGUUUUGUUGGCCAACAAAUGUGAUCAGGGGAAGGAUAUGCUUACGAACAAUGGCCUCAAGAUGGACCAGUUCUGCAAGGAGCAUGGUUUCGUAGGAUGGUUUGAAACAUCUGCAAAGGAAAACAUAAACAUUGAAGAAGCCUCCAGAUGCCUGGUGAAGCACAUACUAGCCAAUGAGUGUGACCUCAUGGAGUCCAUCGAGCCCGACAUCGUGAAGCCCCACCUCGCGUCAACCAAAGUCGUCAGCUGCUCCAGCUGUGCCAAAUCCUAGCAGGCCAUUUAUUUAUUUUUAUUUUUAUUUUUAUUUUUACCGGCAGAUGAUAGUAAUGAUCCCAUCAUGCCAUACAUUGUGCCUUGUUUUUGUUUUUCAUCAUUUUUCUAAAUGUCAGAAUAGGGAAACAAACUAGGCAGGGCAAAGAUCUGUGCCUCUGUCUUCCCUAUAAGAAACAGCAAGUGUUGUUUUUCCCCCACUAUCAGCACAGUGUUUACAUGCUUUCUAA